CCUGAGCGGGCUGGGGGCGACGGCUGCCGCGACCCCGACUCUGCCUGGUCGGGGCCCCACCUGGCGACACCUGCCAGGUGCGCUGCGUGUCUCCGCUCGGCGCCCCCGCGGCUCGGGGACCGACCUGGGGCGGGGCGAGGCGGGACAGGGCGGGGAGCGCGAGGCCACGCCCGGGAGGCGGCCACGCCGGCGCCCCCAAGCCCGCUUCCCAGUCCCAGCAGCUCGGGGCCAUGGCGGCCGCCGAGCCCAAGCCCCCCGCGGGGAUGUCCGCGGCCCGACGCCUGGCCCGGGGCUGCUGGUCCGCGUUCUGGGACUACGAGACGCCCAAGGUGAUCGUGGUGAAGAACCGGCGCCUGGGCGUCGUGUACCGCGCGGUGCAGCUGCUCAUUCUGCUGUACUUCGUGUGGUACGUGUUCAUCGUGCAGAAGAGCUACCAGGACAGCGAGACGGGCCCCGAGAGCUCCGUCAUCACCAAGGUCAAGGGCAUCACCUCGUCCGAGCACAAAGUGUGGGACGUGGAAGAGUACGUGAAACCCCCCGAGGGGGGCAGCGUGUUCAGCAUCAUCACCAGGAUCGAGGUCACCCCCUUCCAGACCCUCGGAACCUGCGCCGAGAGUAUGAGGGUCAACAAUGCCACCUGCGACUCUGACGAGGACUGCGUGGCUGGGCAGCUGGACAUGCUGGGAAACGGCCUGCGGACCGGACGCUGCGUGCCUUAUUACCACGGGUCCUCCAAGACCUGCGAGGUGUACGGCUGGUGCCCGGUGGAAGACGGGGCCUCAGUCAGCCAGUUUCUCGGUAAGAUGGCCCCGAAUUUCACCAUCCUCAUCAAGAACAGCAUCCACUACCCCAAAUUCCAGUUCUCCAAGGGCAACAUCGAGAACCGGAAGGAUGGCUACCUGAAACACUGCACAUUCCAUGAGGUCUCUGACCUCUACUGCCCCAUUUUCAAGCUGGGCUACAUCGUGGAGCAGGCAGGGGAAAACUUCACGCAGCUGGCACACGCGGGUGGUGUAAUUGGGGUCAUUAUCAACUGGGACUGUGACCUGGACCUGUCGGCGUCAAACUGCAACCCCAAAUACUCCUUCCGGAGGCUCGACCCCAAGCAUGUCCCAGCCUCAUCUGGCUACAACUUCAGGUUCGCCAAGUAUUACAAAGUAAACGGUAGCACCACCCGCACGCUCAUCAAAGCCUAUGGGAUCCGAAUUGAUGUCAUCGUGCACGGACAGGCAGGGAAGUUCAGCCUGAUUCCCACCAUCAUUAACCUGGCCACAGCGCUGACCUCCAUCGGGGUGGGCUCCUUCCUGUGCGACUGGAUCUUGCUAACGUUCAUGAACAAAAACAAGGUCUACAGCCAUAAGAAAUUUGACAAGGUGUGUACUCCAGGGCCUUCCUCAGGCAGCUGGCCUGUGACCCUGGCCCUUGUUUUGGGCCAGGCCCCUCCCCCACCCUAUCCCUGCUCCGCAGACCCAGGCCAGGCUGGCCAACCACAGGGUGAGGGGCAGAGCCAGGCCUGGGCUGUCCCACCCCCACGGCCUUGCCCCACCUCUGCCUCGUCUGAGCAGAUGGUGGAUGCUCCCAAGCGGGGUGCAGGACCAGGGCUUGGCGCCUCUGAGCCUUCCCAACAGGACUGCGCUCUCACAGACGCCCGAGGUUUGGCCCAGCUCUGAGCCCACUCCCACCUUCUGUCGUGCUGCACUAAAGACCUGGGCCUGUUGGGGGCCCCUGAAGUCUGUGGCCCCGGGAGCACCCCCAGCUCCCCAGGGCAGCAUGGCUGGGACCUUGGACCUGGGCCCUGCCCACACACCUCAACACUGCGUCUCAGCAAAACCAGCAGCCAAAGGGCCCCCGUGCAACCAGGCAGUGGGAUGACAUGAAGGGGACAGCACCUGCUCCCGGCCUGCCCAUCUCGUCCCCCAGCUGCCCAGGGGCCUGUAGGGGGCAAGUCCCCACCUCCACCUUCUCCCUAGCUGUUCUCCUCCCAGGCUCUUUGCUCCUCCCCACCCACCCACCCC